ACUGCAAGAUUUGUUCAAUAUUUUCGGUUCAAUGUACUUUGCUGUGGCCUUUCUGGGGAUGAACAGCAGCUCAUCUGUCCAACCAUUUGUUUCCACGGAGAGGAUUGUUAUGUACCGAGAAAGAUUUGCAGGGAUGUACUCUUCUUGGGCUUAUGCACUAGCACAGGUGACAGUUGAGGUACCCUAUCUAUUUAUCCAAACUCUGUUGUUUAGAAUGAUCACAUAUCCCAUGAUUGGCUAUUAUGGAUCAGCAUAUAAGGUUUUGUGGUACUUCUAUGCCAUCUUCUCCACACAGCUCUACUUCACCUUCUUUGGAAUGUUGUUUGUGUCAUUGACACCGGAAGUCACAAUAGCUGGAGCUUUAUCAUCGUUCUUCUAUCCGUUGCUUAAUCUUUUCUCCGACUUUCUGAUGCCUAAACCGAAAAUCCCAAAGUGGUGGUUCUGGUUGUAUUAUCUAAUGCCUACAUCUUGGACAUUGAAUUGUUUGCUCACUUCACAAUAUGGAGAUGUAAACGAUGAGAUUGUGGUAUUCGGUGAAAUGAAGCCAUGA